AUGAUAUUUAUAAAUAAACAUUUUAAACUGUGUAAUAUUUCUUUUUCGAUUAUAAAUAAUAUUGUUAAUUGCACUCAUGCUAAUAAUAAAAUUAACAGCAAGGAUCGGAACAAUUCAGGAAAUGGAAGCAAAAGAAAGAGAAAUAAUAGCGAAGAUAGUGACACUAACAGUCCUUCACCUAUCAAAAAAUCAGAAAAUUCCUUAAAACAAAAAUCAACACCAAAAAUUAAGCUAUUAUCUAAUGAAACAUCUAUAGAAAAUGAAAAGAAAAAAACUAAAACACCAACUAGUUCUAAAAAGAAAAAAAAAAUUAAAGAAUUAACGAAAACUCCUAAAAAAAGUAAUGCAAAAAAGAUAUUGAAAGAUAAAAUAAAUAUAAAGGAACAAAAAGAAAAUGAGUUGAUUGUAAAAAGUAAAAUAGAAUCAAGUCCUGAAUUUAAAUCUCCAGAGUCUUCAUUGGAAGAAUAUGAUAAUAAAAUAAAUUUCAAAAAUGCUAAGGAAGAAGUUAAAAAAAAAUCAAGAUCAAUUGAAGAAGAUAAAAUAGAAUCAAGUUCUGAAAUUGAAUCUUCAAAGUCUUCAUCUGAAAAAUCUAAUUGUAAAAAAAAUCUAAAAAAGACAGAGAAAAAAAUUGUUAAAAAAAGAUCAAGAAUAAUAGCUCCUGUUGAUGAUUCUAGUGAUGAAGAGGAAUGUAUUCCAUUACCAGAAAGUCCUAAAAAAAUUAAUCUUAAUGAGAAAAAAAAUCCUGUUAAUGAAGAAGAAAAAUCUAACAAAAAUGUUAUAGAUAAUACCAAGAAUAAUAAAAAAGAAAAAGAAGAAAAUGUAGAAAUCACAGAAAAGUCUGCUAAAACAAUUCAUAAUUUUUUUGCUGUAAAACAAAAAGAAGGAACAAAAAAUGCUAAAGAUGAUGAUAAAAAAAAAUCCUCCAAUCACUCUUAUAAUCCUAGUAUUUCAAAUUAUAAUCCAAUAGAUGAUGCAUUCUGGAAACAUAAUGAAAAAGUACCAUACAUUGCACUCACACGCACGUUGGAACUAAUUGAAGAUACUAGCGCACGAUUAAAAAUAAUAGAAAUAUUAUCGAAUUAUUUUCGAUCUGUUAUAGUUUUAAGUUCAGAUGAUUUACUUCCAAGUAUAUAUUUAUGUUUGAAUCAAUUAGCACCUGCUUAUGAAGGAAUUGAAUUGGGAGUAGCAGAAACAAAUUUGAUGAAAGCUAUAGCACAAUGUACUGGCAGAACUUUAGCACAAAUAAAAACAGAUGUCCAAGAAGUUGGAGAUUUGGGCAUUGUGGCAGAAGGAAGUCGUUCCAAUCAAAGAACAAUGUUUCAACCUGCUCCAUUAACAGUAUCAAGUGUAUAUAUUAGGUUGAAAGAAAUUGCUCAAAUGACUGGUUCUGCGUCUUUAACUAAGAAAUUGGAUAAAAUCCAAUCACUUUUUGUAGCAUGUCGUUUUACUGAAGCGAGAUAUUUGAUUCGAUCUUUAGCCGGUAAACUUCGAAUUGGUUUAGCAGAACAAUCUGUAUUACAAGCUUUAGCAUUAGCGUGUACUAUGACACCACCAAAGCCAACUUUUCCGCCUGAAAUUUUAGAUGUGAGUAAGAAAAUGUCAAAUGAUAGCUUUAAACAAAAAUAUGAUGAAACUGCACUUAUCCUUAAAACAACAUAUUGUGAAUGUCCAAAUUAUGAUAAAAUAAUUCCUGUUUUAUUAAAAGAAGGAAUUAAAGAGUUACCAAAUAAAUGUAAAAUUACACCUGGAAUACCUAUGAAACCAAUGUUAGCUCAUCCUACUAAAGGUGUGCAAGAAGUAUUAACACGUUUCGACGGUUUGAAAUUUACAUGCGAGUGGAAGUAUGAUGGAGAAAGAGCUCAAAUUCAUUUUGCUGAGGAUGGUAAAAUAAGCAUUUAUAGUAGGAAUCAGGAAAAUAAUACUAGCAAGUAUCCCGAUAUUAUAGGACGAUUUAAAAAUACUCAAGGUGAAAACGUUAAAAGUUGUAUCCUUGAUUGUGAAGCAGUAGCUUGGGAUAAUGAUAAAAAACAAAUUCUACCUUUUCAAGUACUUAGUACAAGAAAACGCAAGGAUGCGAACGAAUCAGAUAUUAAGGUUCAAGUAUGUGUAUUCAUGUUUGAUCUACUAUACUUGAAUGGAGAACCAUUAGUACAACAACCAUUCAUAAAACGUCGUGAAUUAUUAAAAGAAAAUUUCAAAGAAGUAAUUGGAGAAUGGAAAUUUGCAACUAGUUUAGAUACUUCGACUAUGGAACAAGUACAAGAUUUCUUAGAUGAAUCAGUAAAAGGCAAUUGUGAAGGUCUCAUGGUGAAGACCUUAGAAGAAGAAGCAACAUAUGAGAUUGCUAAACGUUCUCGCAAUUGGUUAAAAUUGAAAAAAGAUUAUUUAGAUGGUGUAAGCGAUACAUUGGACGUAGUGGUUAUCGGUGGUUAUAUAGGAAAAGGAAAAAGAACUGGAACUUAUGGAGGAUUUCUUUUGGCUUGUUAUGAUCAAGAAAAUGAAGAAUAUCAAAGCAUUUGUAAAAUUGGUACUGGAUUCAGUGAAGAAGAUCUUCAAAAACAUACUGAGUUUUUUAAAGAAUACAUAAUAUCGCAAACUAAAUCAUAUUAUCGUUACGACUCAUCUCUUGAACCAGAUCAUUGGUUUGAACCUAUCCAAGUCUGGGAAAUUAAAUGUGCAGAUCUAUCUUUGUCACCUGUUCAUAAAGCAGCUGUUGGUAUUGUUGAUCCAGAGAAAGGUAUAUCUUUGCGAUUUCCACGAUUUGUUCGUAUUCGUGAUGAUAAAAAUAGUGAUGAUGCUACAUCUGCACAACAAGUUGCAAGUAUGUACAACAAUCAAGAACAAAUAAAAAAUCAAACAUCAUCAACAAAAAUAACUGAAGAAGACUUUUACUGAAUUUUUGAGUCAUAUUUAAAUUGCUUUAUAUCUAAAACUAAAUAUAUAGAUAAAAUUAAUUUUUUUAAUAAAAUAAUAAAGUUUUCAACAAA